AGAGGUCACAGGGCACAUAGGGCUGCUCCAGUGCUGCCAUCAGCAUUGAGGCUCUUUGCUGGGGCUGGGUUAAAUACAAAUGUCUCAGAUGCUGGAACACCCUCAGUGCUCUUUGCUCCUAUCCCAGGAGCUGCCUGGUACCUUCACACCCAGAGCAACGAGCUCUUCUCUGUACAAUCCCAAUGCGUUGUCACUAACAUUGGAUUCAAGACUUGAGAAGCCCGGUGUGACAACAUGCCAUCGCUAUGCAAGGUUAUCCCCUUGUUCUGUUGAUGCUGAAACCGCAGUGUGUGCAUUGCAAAGGCAGCCUGGCUUGUUGGCUGUGUCAGCAAUGUACUGACAGGCACUGGAGGGCCCAGAGGCAGCAUCUCUGCCCAUCAGCAGCAGUGACAGCCUCAGCCCUCCUGUCAGGAUGUGCCCAGCUGGGUUCAUAGGGUGAGUCCAUCAGUGUCAUCUGCUGCUGCUGAUGGACAUCACUUCGCACAGACACCCAGCUGAGAGCCAGCCCUGCUGCAGCCAAACUGCUGUGACCUCUCUUUGCUCCUGUGUAGGCAGAGCUUGAACUUGAAAAGAAGGUUUUAAACUCCCUCAUCACUCAGAGCAUCCAUCAAUCCCAACUUACUUGAUCACACAAUCACCAUGUACAGCAGCCUGCUACACAGGAGGGGUUGUAGUGAUUCAUCCCAUCAGCCCUCAGGGGAGGUUUUACCCACAGGAAUCUUUGGUUUUGAAAUUAAUCUGAUGGUCCAAUAGGCAGCUAUCCAAUUAUUUUACCUAUUUUACCCCCCAAAGCCCCACGUGGGUGUUGAAAUGGGAUCUUGAACUCCAUUCCUCAAUGAAACCGAGAGCUGCCAGCUCAAGCCUUUACUCAUUCCUUGUGGUUAAAAGCAAUUACUCGAUCCUUUGAGCCCAGGUGGAUCUUAUUGCAAGACUGAGUGGUUUUAAACCUCCACCAACUGAGGCUGUGCCUGUUCUGUGCAGCCCAGUUUGGCUCUCACAAGGUUUUGGAGUUCCUGCUUUUGCUGCAGUUCAGUUCUAUGUGGUCUCCUCCAGAGCAAAGGCAGAGCUGAGCUACAACCUUUCCCUGUGCUUUCCCUUGCUGAUGUGCCCGCUCUGAGAGCUGCUGCAGGGCAGCACCAUGAAGAUCGUGGCUGCCAAAGUGCUGUGUCUGCUGGGCAUCUGCAUCCUGAUGCUGGCCGGCUCCCUCCUCCCCGUCAAAAUCAUCCAGGCAGAUUAUGAGAAGGCUCAUCGCUCCAAGAAGGUCAUCACCCUCUGCAAUUCCUUUGGAGGAGGGGUCUUCCUGGCCACCUGCUUCAAUGCCCUGCUGCCUGCUGUGAGAGGAAAGCUUGAUGAAGUCCUUAAGCAGGGAAACGUGACCACGGACUACCCGGUGGCUGAGACCAUCAUGAUGCUUGGCUUCUUCAUGACAGUGUUUGUGGAGCAGCUGGUUUUGACCUUCCAAAAGGAAAAACCCUCCUUUAUUGACUUAGAAACCUUCAACGCCGGUUCUGAUGUCGGGAGCGACUCUGAAUAUGAAAGUCCUUUCAUUGCACCAUCAAGGGGGAACACUCUGUAUGCUGAGCACAGCAGACACUCCCACAGCUUAAACAUCCACGAGCUGUCCCGUUCCAGCCCCCUGCGCCUGGUCAGCCUUGUGUUUGCUUUAUGCACUCACUCCAUCUUUGAGGGCCUGGCCCUGGGCUUGCAGGAGGAAGGAGGCAGAGUGUUGAGCUUGUUCCUGGGUGUCGCCAUCCACGAGACUCUGGUGGCCGUGGCGUUGGGCAUCAGCAUGACCAAGGCCUCUCUGCCACUGAAGGAUGCUGCCAAGCUGGCGGUGACGGUGAGCCUGAUGAUCCCAUUGGGCAUCAGCAUCGGGAUGGGGAUCGAGAGCACGCAGAGCCCAGCUGGCAACAUUACUUCUCUGCUCCUUCAAGGCGUCGCGGGGGGCACUUUCUUAUUCAUCACCUUCUUUGAGAUCCUGGCCAAGGAGCUGGAGGAGAAGAGCAAUCGUCUGCUGAAGGUUCUCUUCCUGUUGCUGGGCUACGCGGCGCUGGCUGGGCUGGUUUUCCUUAAGUGGUGAGGUGGGAAGCAAAGCUCAUCUCCUCCCCCAUACAGCCACCCCCAAUGGGGGGAUAGCGGAGCUCAGCAGCAAAGCCAGACAUCACAGACAUCACAGCCUGCUGCUAUCACAGCACUGACCCAAAGGAGAACGUCUGCGUGCUCAGAGUUAAUGAAGGACGUGCAGUGCCCCAAUGGAGGUGCUGUAAGGUCCUGUCCCAGCAGCUCAGCACGCAUCUCAUUCCCUAUGGGUCUCCUCCCCACCCCCCUGCGCUGUGUUUGGCUGCAGGUUCUUCCCUUGGUGCUCAGGGCUUUGAGGAGGUGAGAAGCUGAGAGAGAAGCUCAGGCAGAGGCAGGUGCGCUGGCGGAUGGCACAGCUGCACUAAGCUGCUUUUGUUAGCUUAGUUUUGAGUAAAACCUGGCUGUAAGAGCUGCCAAAAAUACCAUCCCUUCUGGGGCUGCUGCUGCAGCACCGAGCUCCAUUUUAACCCACAAAUGGAGCUUUCCUUGCUCAGUGAUUAAUGAAGGAACAAGGCCGGGCUGUACCAUCCCUCCCCACUUCAACCACAUCUUGUGCAUUCCCAAUAGCAAAACCUCAGCUCUGCAUUCACAUCCAGCUUGAAAACCCUCCCAAGGUUGCACCCCUGCAGCCCCAGGGUCCAUUGUAUCACAAGAGAUGGGUGGCAGUGAUGAUAUUUCAGGUCAAACACCCACAUUGGAGCCGCAGCAGUGAGGUGGGCUCUGCAUAUACUGGGCCCUACUGAUGCUCUCCAGGUUUAUAUCGCUGGUGCUUUCAGCCACAUCCCUUCCCCAAGGCUUUAUGAGCUGUAGGGUAAAGCCAAAGCAGUUUUGUUGCAUCCCCAGGGCUCAGCACAUCACGGUCCCUUGUGACCCACACUGUGUUCACCCUCCUGUUCCCAAUGCAAAUGCUUUCCUAAGGGCUGUGCAUUCAUCUUCUAUGCCCAUCAGUUAUGCAGCAGCUCCCCCCAGGGCAAAGCAGAGCUCCUGGAUGUGCUGAGAUGGAAUUAUAACGACACAGAGAAAGCAGAGCCGUGCUGCAAUGAGCUGAGCAGCAAGAGGGAUGGGGAGGAGAGCGCCAGGCAGCAUCUUGGAGCAGCGGUUGGCACAGCUGCAGCAUAUGGAGGCUGAUGAGGAUCAUCAUCCAACAGGGCCAGGCAGCUCGGUGUUUUAAUUGCUGCCGUGCACUAAAGUCAAUUAAUCUUGCUUGGAAAAAAAACUGGAGUGGCAAAAAAAAGGGAGGAGGGGAGCUUUAUUUGAGGCCUGAGCUGGCACAGAUCAGCAGGGCCUGAUGAGAAUCUGUUUGUCUCCA